AUAAAGCUGAAAACUAUCUCUCAACAUGCCCUCCUUUGAAUUCACCAAAAUGGACAUUCUCCAAUUCAUACGAGAGCACGCAAAUCCAAUUGGUGUUGCAUUGGCUCUGGGCGCGAUUUUCAUCUACAUUUUCAAGAGAAGAAGAUCGAGAGGUUGCUUAGACCCCACAAAGUUCAAGGAAUUCAGACUCAUCAAGAAGACCCCGAUCAGCCAUAACACAUCAAGAUUCAAAUUUGCUCUUGCCACGCCCACUUCGGUCUUGGGACUUCCCAUAGGACAACACGUACUCUGCAAAGGAAAGGAUAGAGAGGGUAAAGAUGUUAUUGGACCGUAUGCUCCUAUAACUCUAGACUCUGAUCUUGGUUUCUUUGAAUUGGUCGUGAAGAUGUACCCACAAGGACAGUUGUCUCACCAUUUCAGAGAAAUGCGCGAAGGAGAUUACCUCCUUGUUAAAGGACCCAUCGGACAAAUCAAGUAUAAGCCCAAUCAAGCUCGUGCAUUCGGGCUGAUUGCGGGAGGCGCCGACAUUUCCCCCAUGUUUCAGCUUAUUCGCGCCAUACUGGAAAAUCCAAAAGACAAAACAAAAGUGCACCUAAUUUAUGCCAAUGACACUGUCAGCGACAUACUUUUAAAGGAAGAAUUAGAUAGCUUUGCCGAGAAAUUUCCCGACCGUUUCACAGUGUAUUAUGUUGUCAAGCAGGCUCCUGAAAAUUGGAACGGUGGAGUCGGGUAUGUGACGAGGGAGAUGAUCCGAACCCACUGUCCACCACCUGCUUCCGAUGUAAAGAUAGUGAUGCGUGGUCCUCAAGCCAUGAUGAAGGCAAUGGCUACUCAUCUUAAAGAGCUUGGUUACACACAAGAUAUGCAGAUUGAUCUCUGAUUAGCAAGAUUUGGACUUGAUCAGCCAUAAUUAAUAAGGAAUUCUUUUAUUUUCAUUUUCAAUCACAUAAUGAAAUAUAUGUUGUGUCUAAAAAUGAUAAUUUUUUUUAUUGAAGUGUUUGAGAAGUGCCCUAUAAA